CAUCAAGGCAGUCACUUAGUGCGCGGACGUCUAACACCAGCGUGCCUAUAAACGACCUGGGCACAAGCCAACACCAAUCGCUAUUGUACCUCGACGUCUGCUAGGAAGCGAAGCCCGUAAUCCAUCGUAUCUCACGGCUUAUCCGGAAGCGAGCAUAUCCGCGCAUUGCGGAACCGCGUACACCAUUAGGCACACGAUCUGAUUACUGGCCUUCUAAGACUCCACCACCCAAGUGAACCUCUUCCCGCGGUGGUUCGCUGCGCAGCAAUACCGGCAAGAUGAGUUGGAAAGGAAUUUCGAAGGCCGCGACGCGGGCGCCCCAGCAAUUCAAACAGCGCUUCAAUAUGGGUGACAUAACGAAAGACGCCAUCUAUAUCGACGCUGAGCGCCGCUUCGCCGAGCUGGAGAAGGAAACCAAGAAAUUACACGAUGAAUCAAAGAAGUACUUCGACGCUAUCAACGGGAUGUUGGAUCAUCAGAUCGAGUUCUCCAGAGCAUGCGCGGAGAUCUACAAGCCCAUCUCUGGACGAAUGAGCGAUCCGGAUAGCUACGUAAUAGAUGGCAAUCCUGAGGGCAUCCGCGCAUGCGAGGAGUACGAGCAGAUCGUCCACGAACUGAAGGCGUCGUUACAGCCCGAACUGGAGAUGAUCGAGAGUCGAGUGGUGAAGCCGGCAGACGAGCUGAUGGAGAUCAUCAAGAUGGUGCGGAAGACGGCGACGAAAAGAGACCACAAACAGCUGGACUAUGACCGGCACAAGAAUGCCCUGAAGAAGCUCGAGGAGAAGAAGGACAAGACUUUGAAGGAUGAGAAGGCGCUUUACAAGGCCGAGGCCGACAUGGAAGCUGCGACGCAAGACUACGCAUACUUCAACAACCUCUUGAAGGAGGAGCUGCCGCAUCUGUUCCGGCUGGAGAAGGAGUUCAUUCUACCAUUGUUCCAAAGCUUUUACUAUAUGCAGCUUAACGUCUUCUACACCUUGCACGAGAAGAUGCAAAGCAUAGACAUCGGCUAUUUCAACCUCACGCUCGGCAUCGAAGAGGCCUUUGAAGCGAAGCGCGGCGACGUUCAGCAGCAAAUCGAAGCGCUGCCGAUGACAAAGUUUAAGACCACGGGCGGAGCACGAAGACCCAUGAGCAAAUACUCCAGCCGUCUGGCGAUCGAGAAUGGCGGCCGAUCGAGCUCCACCGGCUCCAGUCCGAACCGGAGACUGACCAUGGAUUCGGUCGACACCCCUCCACCUUAUUCUCCAGGUGCAUCAAUGUCAAACGCACUCACUCGCAUCGACUCCGACCUAGGCCGUUCAGCAUCGACGGGCAGCGACUGGAAGAGCGCUGCGAAGGCGAAGGCGGCGCCUCCGCCUCCGAAGCCUAAGCCUGGCGCUCUGAGAGCGAAUGGCGUGGAGACUGUCACGGCAUUGUACGAUUAUGAAGCGCAGGCGGAAGGCGAUCUAAGCUUCAGUGCGGGUGAGGUUAUCGAAGUCGUGACUCGAACGAACAAUACGAAUGAGUGGUGGGUGGGUAAGAUAGGUGCGCGGCAAGGACAAUUUCCAGGCAACUAUGUGCAGCUGAACUCAUAGCAUGGGUUUCGUCAGUCUGGCCAGGUUGUCGUGGAGAUGGCCGCACAUCAACAUACAUAAGCUGUCCAUAGGCGGAACAAGAACAAUGUCGACGAACGUCAUCUCUUUCCCAGUCUUCCAUGCCCUUGACACCGGCCCAUGCUGUGAAUGCGGUCAACGAGGACUAAGCAGUAGCAGCGUCGAGACGAGCAAUUACCACUGCUAGAAAUAGCACUGCUUAGUGUUAUCGGAGAAUGGCUUUGGCGGCGGG